AUGCAGAAGCUCGCCAAGCGAGUCGCCCAGGCCCAGCGCCAGGCCGGCCGACGUGCGCAAAAAGCUGCCAAAACCGAACAGACCAACUACAAGCUUCGAAACCAGCAGGCCUUCCGAGGUGCUGUUUCUGAGGUCCGACAGAAUCUUAAGGAUGCCCGCCGGGCCCGAAAGGAGGAUUGGGAGCUGGGCCCUCUUGCCCCGAAGCGUGAUCUGGGAUUCAAUCAGUACGGCAUGUUCUCCGAGAGUGUACGAACGGAUUGGUCCAACUACGGCUUCUACACACCACGACCCGAGGUUCUUGAGAAGAGAUGUGCUUGGGCUGGAGGACUGAAGCAGCUCAACCUGGCUGUGUCUGAUCGAGUGGUCAUUAUGGAUGGACCGGACAAGGGCAAGAUUGAUCGUAUCAAGGCGAUCAACCUUCAAUCAGGAUCUGUUACCCUUGAGACUCAUCACCGGGCAAUUAGUGCUGGCAUGUUUGGCAACGACAGCCGGUCCCAACCUAUGCCUAUCUCGAUCGGUUCGAUCCGCCUCGUUUACCCCAUCACCAACUCCGAGACUGGAAUCACCAGGGAUGUUGUUAUCAAUCAGCUCAAGGCAGUUCCUCCGAACAUGAAGUCAACCAACAUGACACUCGAUCGAUGGGAGCAUGGAAAGAAAUGGGACCGGCUCGUUCCCGGAAUCAACGUUGUUAUCCCCUGGCCCGCAGUGGAGGCGCCAGAAUAUGAGACACACGCCAGCGAUACUCCUCGUGAGGCUGCUGAGAACCGAUCUUUCUACUACAACCUCCUCUCCGCCCCCAUGCCCGAAACCGUUAUCGACGAGCUACGAAACAAGUUCUCCAAGUUCCGAACACGCCACGAGGAGUGGUACGUCCAGCAGAAGGAGUACGAGGCAAAUGCCGAAAAGGCACGGGAGGAUUCCAUUCUGUCCAUGCAGACUCCCCUCCAGGAGUACCACGCCCAACAGCGCGAGCUGCGUGCCGCCCAGGGCGAGCCCGAGCUCAGCGACGAGAUGCUGGAGAAGCUGGGUGCCAUCCUUGCCGAAAGGAAAGAGGCUGCUCUCGAGAAGGCUGGUGUGUCCGAAGUGGUGGCGGAUUCUUCGAUACCUCCUACAAAGACGACACCUCCGGCUCAAUAA